AUGUAGUGGCUUCCCUCCCCCGGGCUGUCCCUCACCUUGUCCCCUCUCCUGCUAAAUCCGUUUCCCCUUCUUUUCUAGUUCCCAGAUGGGGCUCUCUGCACCACCACGGCCGAGCGAGAAGAGUCUUUGGGGAGCUGGUGGCUGAACUUUUGGGGACAAACGUCUCCGCGCAGAGUGGAGGGUGGGGACCCAGCCACUCCGACCGCCCCCAAGUGGGAGGCAAAGAGCAGACGCUGGAAACGCCCCCGAGGGGCUGAGGACACGGGUGCGCCCGGGUCGCAGGGAUCGCUCCAAAGCAACUGAGGUCAACCCAGGGUUUCUGCGCAUCUGCCACUGGAUACGGUCCAACCAGACGGCCAUCGCCAAGCUCCUCCUUUCGGGAAACUCUGGGGCCGCCCCUGGAAGUGGCGGGGCGGAGGAACAGGAGCCAGGGAACCGAGGGCCGCCGCGAUGGAGCCGGCCGGCCCGAGCGCGGAGGAGGCUGGCGCGGAGGCCGCGGUUGGAGACCCGUAUCGGAGGCCGGCGCGGCGCACGCAAUGGCUGCUGAGCGCCCUGGCUCACCACUACGGCCUGGAUCGCGGCGUGGAGAACGAGAUCGUGGUGCUGGCCACCGGCCUGGACCAGUACCUGCAGGAGGUCUUCCACCACCUGGACUGCCGAGGCGCCGGUCGCCUUCCGCGCUCCGACUUCCGCGCGCUCUGCGCCGUUUUGGGGCUGCGCGCCGAGGGCGCCGCCUCCGGGGAGGCCACCGGGGAUGCGAUCCCUGGAGACUCCGGGGAUGGGACCUCCUCCGGGGAUGUGGCCGCUGCUGAUGGAGACGCGGACGCCCAGGAGGAGGCGCGUCUGGCGCUGCGCGCGGAGCCCCCGGAGCUCACCUUCCGCCAGUUCCACGCGCGCCUCUGCGGCUACUUUGGCACCCGCGCGGGUCCCCGGCUGCCCCGCGGAGCGCUCAGCGAACACAUCGAGACGCAGAUCCGCCUGCGCCGCCCGCGUCGCCGCCGCCGCCGCCAGCACCCGACCCGGGUGCAGGGUCCCGACGAGGGUGGCCCCGAGGGCCCGGAGGGCGAGCGCGUGGCGAGGCUGGAGGAGGAGAACAGCAGCCUCCGCGAGCUGGUGGAGGACCUGCGCGCCGCGCUGCAGAGCAGUGACGCCCGCUGUCUAGCGUUGCAGGUUGGCCUCUGGAAGAGCCAGGCAGGCGCGCACGAAGAGGGAUGCGGCAGGCCCGAGGCGGUGGCGCGGGAGCUGCGACAGGCGCAGGGAGCGCUGGCGGCGGCGGAGGCCCGCGCUGGGAGGCUGCAGCAGGGCCAGGCCGAGGUGCGGCGACGCGCAGAGGAGGCCCGGCAGGCGGUGCUGCGCAGCCUGAGCCGCGUGCGGGAGCUGGAGGCGCUGGCACAGCAGGUGCCCAGCUUGCAGCGCUGGGUGCAGCAGCUGGAGGCGGAGCUACAGCGCUACAGGUCACAGGGUCCCCAGCUGUCAACGCCCCCUCAAGGUAGCCCAGAGCCAGGAGUCAAGAGGGGUGGCCCUGAGGAGACUGGGACCAGAGUCACGGCCACCGCUCCAGAGCAAGGCUGGCAGUCAGACAGCAGAACCCUGGAUGAAGGUCCGUCCCCUGUGCCCAGUCUGGCUCUCAGGACACAGGACUCUCAAUUGGAUGAACACCUGUUCCGCUCCGUGGAGGGCCAGGCGGCCUCUGAUGAGGAGGAGGAAGAGGAGGAGACGUGGCGGAGGCAGAAGAGGCCACCAGAGGCCCGGGCCGAGUGGCCCUCCGGCUGUCAGGGCGGGUGGGACGAGCGGACAUCGAGGACCUGCCAAACCUCCUCGGGCCACUUUGGGGGCACGGACCACGCCUGCAGCCUGGGGGAGCUGGAGGCCCACAUCGAGAGGCUGGUGGGGCAGCUGCAGGCCCAGGGCUUCGGUGGGAAGGCCCUGGGGACACCCGUGGAGGAGGUAGAGUCCCAGAAGGGGGCGGAGGACGAACGCCUGAGGCUAGAGCUGCAAAUGGUGGAGACGGAGCGGGUGCGGCUGUCGCUGCUGGAGGAGAAGCUGGCCGACGUCCUGCAGCUCCUGCAGAGGCUCCUCGACCUGAAUGUCUCGAAAAGAGCCCUGGGGCAGAUCCUGCUGAGCACCCUGGACGCCUGGAGGAACCCAGCACAGGAAGGCACACCUGGGCCCUCGGCUAUGCUGGACGCCCUGCACCGAGCCCUGGCUGGCUGUGAGCUCCUGCAGAGGCCACCCCCAGGACAGGCCUCUCCAAACCCCGCUCUCGCCAACCCCCUUGUCCUCUCCUGCUGAGGUCACGGACACAGCCGGUGGGCACCACUGGUCAUCCUGACCGCCAUCCACCCGGCCUCCACGACCGGCCUCACCACAUCCAUCCAGCCUCCACGACCAGCCUCACCACGGUCACAUCGUCAGCACUCAGGAGGCCCUGAAGGCCACCCCUUCCUUGGGCCUUCCCCCACCUCCCUUCACAGUCCCUGACACCACAGUCCACAGUGAAGCCCUGCAGAGCUGGGCCCGGUGGCACCCACCUGUCCUCCCAGUGACUCGGGAGGCUGAGGCAGGAGGAUGGCAAGGUGGAGGCCAGCCUCAGCCAAAGCGAGGCCCUGAGCAACUCGGCGAGACCCUGUCUCUAAAUAAAAUAGAAAAAGGGCUGGGGACAGGGCUCAGGGGUGGAGGGCCCCUGAGUUCAACCCCCAGGGCCUGGCUAAGUGGCUGAGGCUGGCCUCCACCUUGUGAUCCUCCUGCCUCAGCCUCCUGAGCUGAGGAGGGGGAGAAAUAUUAGAAAUAAAAUAAUAAUAAAAAUAAUAAUAAUAUUAGAAAUGGAGACUGUCUCUGACACAUUCUAGUCAAGGAGCCAUGGUGGACAUGUUUCCAGAAACUUCCGUAACUAAGAAGCCAAGAGGAAGGUAUCUGGAUAGUAAAUCCCCCCCCCCCCCAGCGUCCACAUAAAGAAAAGAAAAUCAUGAGAAAAGAUUGAGUAAGACACAGUAAAAUAAAAAACCUUGAUUUUUA